CUCACUAAUCAUCAUGGGUUGACGAACAGUAACUUCCCUAAUUCAUUCUUCCCAUCUUUUCAAAUUCAAACGCCUUGUUUGUUCCCUCUCUUCUCUCAUUUCAUCUUUCAACUCUUUCUCUUCAUCUCAUCUCUCACCAACAGCAUCAAAGAUGUGGAUACAGUGGUCACUCACAAGACUCGUCAGAUGGCGAGUGAAGGACUGGGCCUCAUGUUUCACCGCUUGCAGAUUCCCUCUAGAAGAUGAAACUGAUACGUAUCGAUCGUCGUCGUCGCCGCCGCAGCUUCCGAUGAGGAGCACGGUAUUUGACAUGAAAGAUAACGAGAGUAAAGGCAAAAGGAAUCGUAAAAAGUUAUUGAGAAGAACGCGAUCAUGCAGGAGCAAUAACAAUAAUAAUAUAUGUAGUACAAGAAUCAACCUCGGUACAUCAACACAGACGAGGAACAAUAAUAAUCUUGUUUCAACAGAAAUCACUAAUGACUCAAGCUGGCCGCAUUUCACUGAUGAAGAUUAUAUCGUCUUCUGCUUUAAAGAAGACGGAGCAUUCGAUGUCGUAAAGGAUUGCAAAUCAGGAACACCAUCCAAUCAUCGCACUGAUUCAUGUGACGAUGGGGCAACAAGUGAGGAAGAUAUCAGAAUCCCAGUGACAGGGGUGAUGGUUGACGAAGAAGAGAUUAUAUACGUCGAUGCAGGGUCGUCAGUAAGAAGUUACCAGACUGAGGCGAUGGAGAAUCAGGAAAUGGUGUCAGUAGGAUCGAGUGAGUCUAGUCAAUCGGGCAACAGCUCCGGCUCUUUUGCCUUUCCCGUACUCGGGUGGGAGUGGAUGGGGAGUCCAGCACAAAUGCCCAAAUCAGAGGGACUACACUUGAGGAAACACAAGACAAUUUCUUUGAGCUUUCACUGUUGUAGAUUUUGAAUCAUAAAUCUUCAUCUUAGUGUAUCUCCUAAUUUUAUAUAUUUCAAAAGAGGCAAUGGAUAUAAUUCAUUUAUUUA